AUGUCAGGCGUCCUCCAGGCGCAAGGACUGCAAUUGAGAUUCAGCGACUUCAAAGCCGCUGUCCAGACCUACGGAAAGACUCCCCACGUGGCUUGCAUCACAGAAUGGGGACAUAUCAGAUUCGUAGGUGAACUGAAAGUGCCGUGGGUUACGGAGCACAGCCUGACUGUUGCGUUGAGAGACGUCGCCAUGUACUCGGGCAAAUCACCGAAUACAUGCAUGCGAGAUUUGGAUCUGAGAUAUGGAUUCAUAUCAACAUAUAACCAGACCAUUUUCCUGAGACAGCAUCAGGAUCCCAUGACAGGUUGGGAGAUUUAG